AUGGACAGGCACAAAGUGAAGCGCCAGAGGCUGGACCGCAUUUGCGAAGGUAUAAGGCCUCCUAUUGGUAAUGGUCCAAUGCCAGCUCGUCCAUUGGUUGCCCUCCUUGAUGGCAGGGAUUGCACUGUAGAAAUGCCUAUCCUGAAAGAUGUUGCCACAGUAGCUUUCUGUGAUGCACAAUCAACUCAGGAAAUCCAUGAAAAGGUUCUAAAUGAAGCUGUUGGGGCUCUGAUGUACCACACCAUUACCUUGUCGCGCCAGGACCUGGAGAAGUUCAAAGCUCUCCGGGUCAUUGUGCGAAUUGGCAGUGGCUAUGACAAUGUGGAUAUCAAGUCAGCUGCAGAAUUAGGCAUUGCGGUAUGCAAUAUCCCUUCAUCUUCUGUAGAAGAAACAGCUGAUUCUACCCUCUGUCAUAUCCUGAACCUUUAUCGUCGGGUUACAUGGCUUCACCAAGCCAUGCGGGAAGGAAACAGAGCCUCGAGUAUGGAGCAAAUCAGAGAGGUGGCUGGUGGUGCUGUACGUAUCCGUGGUGAGACCUUGGGCAUCAUUGGCCUUGGCCGAAUUGGGCAAGCAGUUGCCUUACGUGCAAAACCCUUCGGUUUCAACGUUAUUUUUUAUGAUCCUUAUUUGCCUGAUGGAGUGGAACGUUCCUUGGGAUUACAGCGGAUGGCCACCUUGCAAGACCUCCUAAUGCAUAGUGAUUGCAUCACAUUGCACUGUAGUCUAAAUGAGCAUAAUCAUCAUCUCAUCAAUGACUUCACCAUUAAACAGAUGCGUCAGGGCUGCUUUCUAGUGAAUACGGCGCGUGGAGGUCUGAUUGAAGAGAAGGCCCUGGCUCAAGCCCUAAAGGAAGGGAGGAUCAGAGGGGCUGCUCUUGAUGUGCAUGAGUCAGAACCUUUCAGUUUUGCUAAUGGGCCCCUAAAAGAUGCUCCCAAUGUGAUUUGUACUCCUCACACAGCCUGGUACAGUGAACAGGCUUCUAUUGAGUCAAGAGAGGAUGCGGCUAAGGAGAUCCGAAGAGCCAUCACAGGUCACAUACCUGAUGGUUUGAGGAACUGUGUUAACAAGGAAUACUUGCUUUUAGCGGCUCAGUGGUCUGGCAUUGAUCCUGCAGCUGUACAUUCAGAGCUUAAUGGAGCUACAGCUUACAGGUUUCCUCCAGGAGUAGUAGGAGUAGCCACCUCUGGGCUACAGGAGCCACCAGUUGAGGGAAUUGUAGCUCACAGCAUUCCCUCUGUGUCUCACUCUGCACCACACACUCCUUCUCCAGGAGAGUCAAGCAAAUUGGAGCCAGACAGAGAAAUCUCCUCUGACCAGUAGCACCUCUCUUGUCUUAUUCAGCCCUUAACAUAAAACAGGGAAAGUCUCCUGUUUUUAGGACAUAUUGUGACACCCCCUCCUCUCCUGGACUGCUUCCUCAAUGGACAGGAGAAUGCAUUUCAUUAUUGGCAAAUUCUAGCUUUUGCCUUUAAACAGGUAUUUUUAUAAUGAAUUUAGUUUAAAUCUCUUGGUGAAUCUUUUUCUUUACCUGGGGCAAUGAAGUAGUGAUUUUUCAUUGUUUUGAUAAUGCUUAGUUUUAACACGCAAAUUCGUAUGCCCCUGCCUCCCGUGUAUGAUAUAGAGGAAAACAGUACCAAACUGAACAGUACCUGGAUGAACACAUGAAUUCCAGUGAUUUCUAUGACUGGUGUGUUUUUUUUUAAUGUGAUUUCUUAGGUUGAGUUAUCAGUUAUGUCUCAGGUACAAGUAAUAAAGACACUGUAUUGGGAUCGGGUGGGGGGAAGCGGUGCAUCUGGAUUGCUUGAUAGAAAGUAGAGUCCUUGCUCAAUUGUGAGCACUUAACUGCUUCAGUCCUUCCUGCUUGCAUUAGCCCGAUGUGGUUGUUGAAUGAUUUGUUCCCGGGGCUCUGGAUAAAUAAUUAAAAAACACAAGAGUAGAUGUGGAAUGCUACCUGGAAUUUGUACGUAAAACAUUUACAGAAAAUCAGUUGGAUUGUUUUAAUAGUUAAGUUGCUUGGCGGGUUACGGGAAGGAAGAUGGUUGAAUUGAGAUUUUGAGCCCAGCUCAGGGAAUGAGGACUCAGCUCCACACAGGAAAGUAGGAGGAAUUUCAGAGCUCAAGACUUCAUGUUACGGGAUGUCUGCGUACAAACAGUGCAAAUUUUACAGCAACAAAAAAGGUAAAAUCCUAGAACUUAAUUUAGGAUUGAAGUCUCUUUGACCUGUCUCAUUAUAGCUUCAAAGGCCAAGCUAGGAUUUUUCCCUUUGACUUCUAGUGUGAAAUGUUAUUAGGGAUGUGUGUGUCCAGCCUUCAUAUAUUUUUUACUCCUACUCUUCUCUGAAUUUCUUGUCUUGCAACAAACCAACCAACAGAUCUUAUUCUCAAGCCUGCAACUAGCUAUGCAGAUUCUUCCUGAAAGAUGCAGUUGUUCUAUUAUAUGAUAGUUUUCUAACUUGAGUGUGUUUUAAAUGAGGCAUUUAAACCCUAUAUAGAGGCAGUACUAGGGUAUAAUUUGUUG